UACCAUUAAAAGGCUUCAGAGGCAGACUUAUUUUUCUUCUUCUUUCAAUCCUUCUUAGCAUUAUUUGUUAAACGUAUUUUUGCUACUUCUUAGUGGUUAUGGAGACACAAAUUCAUUGUUUUAAUAGUUUUUACACACACCCAUCUCAAUUUCUUCAGUUUUCAAUCAAAAAGGCAGCUGUUUGGCGUCACAUUUCGGAUAAGAAGAAGGAAAAAUGGAAGAUUCAGUCCAAUUCUUUUGGCCCUUCUAGGUGUUCAAAGAGGUUCUUUCUCUACACCCAUUUUUUCUUAUUCUUUCAGCUACUGAUUUGUACCAUUCAACCUGUUUCAAGCCAGGCUUGGGAUGGUAUAAUCGUCACCCAAUCAGACUACCAAGCACUUCAAGCAUUCAAGCACGAGUUGGUUGAUCCAAAAGGGUUCUUGAAAAGCUGGAAUGACAGUGGCUAUGGUGCUUGUUCUGGUGGUUGGGCUGGAAUCAAAUGUGCUCAAGGUCAGGUCAUUGUAAUCCAGCUUCCAUGGAGGGGCUUAGGCGGCCGAAUAACCGAAAAGAUUGGCCAGUUUCAGGCUCUCAGAAAGCUUAGCCUCCAUGACAAUGUUAUUGGAGGUUCAAUUCCUUCAUCAAUGGGGUUUAUCCCCAAUCUCAGGGGGCUUCAACUAUUCAAUAACCGGUUUUCGGGUUCAAUCCCUCCUUCACUAGGUUCUUGUCCUCUGCUUCAGACACUUGACCUUAGUAACAAUUCAUUGACUGGGACAAUCCCAGCUAGUCUUGCAUUCUCCACUAAGCUCUUUAGGUUCAAUUUUAGCUACAAUUCAUUGUCUGGUUCAAUCCCCAUUACUCUUACUCAAAUGCCUUCAAUCAUUUUCCUUGCUCUUCAAUACAAUAACCUCUCUGGCCCUAUACCAGACUCUUGGGGUGGAACAGGAAACAAUCAGUUGUUUCACCUUCAGUCCUUGACACUUGAUCACAACUCCUUCUCUGGAAACGUUCCUACUUCUUUGGGCAAGUUAAGAGAGCUCCAAGAGAUCUCACUGAGUCAUAACCAAAUCAGUGGAGUCAUACCAAAUGAUAUAGGAAAGCUCUCUAGGCUUAAAACCUUAGAUUUUUCAUAUAAUGCUAUCAAUGGAAGCUUACCCAUUAGUCUCUCCAAUCUAUCCUCACUCCUUUUAUUGAAUUUGGAGAGCAACCACCUUGAUAACCAAAUCCCAGAAGACAUAAACAAACUAGGGAACCUAUCAGUUCUCAACUUGAGGGAUAACCAAUUUCAUGGCCCUAUUCCGGCAACUCUUGGGAACAUCUCCUCACUCACUCAACUUGAUUUAUCUCACAACAGUUUCAGUGGAGAAAUUCCAAUCUCACUUGGUGAUCUACCGAAGCUAAGUAAUUUCAAUGUCUCAUACAACAACCUCUCUGGUCCUGUUCCAACCCCUCUAUCUAAAAAAUUCAAUUCAAGUGCCUUUGUGGGCAAUCUUCAGCUAUGCGGGUACAGUGCUUCAACCCAAUGUCCUAUAGCCCCUCCUCCAAUCACCCCUGGUGCUCCACCACCAGAGACACCAAAAAAACAUCGAAAACUAAGUACCAAAGAUAUUAUUCUCAUAGCAGCUGGGGCUCUCCUUGUAGUUUUGCUAUUACUCUGUUGUAUUUUACUAUUCUGCUUAAUCAGGAAAAGGGCAGCAUCAAAAGCAAAGGACGGUGGUGGUGGUCAGGCCGCGGGAAGGGCGGGGCCAAGUGCAACGAGGGCUGAAAAGGGCGUCCCGCCCUCCGGGGCUGACGUUGAAGCCGGUGGAGAGACCGGAGGAAAACUUGUCCACUUUGAUGGGCCAAUGGUUUUUACAGCUGAUGAUCUCUUGUGUGCAACUGCAGAAAUUAUGGGAAAGAGUACUUAUGGAACUGUUUAUAAGGCCACAUUGGAGGAUGGAAGUCAAGUGGCAGUGAAGAGAUUGAGAGAGAAGAUCACUAAGGGUCAGAAAGAAUUUGAAGCAGAGGUUAAUGUACUAGGGCAAAUCAGACACCCCAGCCUUUUGGCUAUGAGGGCUUAUUAUUUGGGUCCUAAAGGAGAGAAGCUUCUUGUUUUUGAUUACAUGCCCAGAGGAAGUUUAGCAACUUUCCUUCAUGCUCGAGGGCCUGAUACACCUAUUGAUUGGCCUACAAGGAUGAAAAUCGCGCAAGGCAUGACAAGAGGCUUGCUUUAUCUUCACACUCACGGGAACAUAAUUCAUGGGAAUUUAACAUCAAGCAAUGUUCUACUUGAUAAGCACACAAAUGCAAAGAUUGCAGAUUAUGGCCUCUCGCGGCUAAUGACAGCUGCUGCAAAUUCUAAUGUCAUAGCAACAGCAGGCGCACUUGGAUACCGAGCCCCAGAACUUUCAAAGCUUAAAAAAGCUAACACAAAGACAGAUGUAUACAGCCUUGGAGUGAUUAUCCUUGAACUCCUGACUGGAAAGUCUCCGGGGGAGGCAAUGAAUGGUGUGGACUUGCCUCAAUGGGUUGCCUCCAUUGUCAAGGAGGAGUGGACAAAUGAAGUGUUUGAUUUGGAGCUAAUGAGGGAUGCCACCAUAAUUGGUGAUGAGUUGUUGAACACAUUGAAAUUGGCUUUGCAUUGUGUUGAUCCAUCGCCAUCGGCUCGGCCUGAAGUUCAUCAGGUUCUGCAGCAACUGGAAGAGAUUAGACCACCGGAAACCGCCACAAGUUCCGGCGAUGACGGCGCUGCAGUCCCUUCAACAAGUGAUUGAAAGGAAGGUGUUAGAAGUUUGGUUCAAGGGUUAGGAAGAUAGAUUAGUCCACGAUUCUUUCAUUCUUGAGUUCUGAUGUUGGGGUAUUGUGUGAUGUUCUGUGUCUGUAAAUACCAGUUUGUCUCAAUUUAUUUUGGAAGAUGUUUUGGUCUAAAUUUAUUAGGAUUUGCUACGGAAUCUUUCUAAUUCCUUCCCAAUUUUGCCAGGAAAAAGUUGAAGUUUUGG